AUGACCGAGUUUCGAACACCGAUUAAAACAAAUAAAGUUGUGGACGGAAAUGAUAAUAUAUGUAUUCCGCCUUCUCCUUUUCUAAAUCGGCUUGGAUAUGGAACUGGUGUAUCUGUGAUGCAACUUGUUCGGUCUCCUAAGGCAGGUCAGAUACGUUCUCCCUGGGCCCUUAAAAUGCUUAAUAAGCGUGUAAAACCUAAUAAAGUAUAUACAGAACGGUUACAAGCUGAAGCAGACCUGUUGCAGAGGAUGUCUCAUCCAAAUAUUGUUGGCUUCCGAGCAUUUGGUAAAACCAAGAUACUUUAUUUGGGAAUGGAGGCAUGUGAUCUAUCCCUUGGAGAUAUGAUUGAGAAUAAAAUUGAAGAAGAUAGUGAGCCUUUUGCUCCAAAAUAUAUUUUAAAGGUAGCUGCAGACAUUGGAAAUGCACUCGACUAUCUACACACAAAAAUGCAGAUACUGCAUGGUGAUAUAAAAUCAUAUAACAUUCUUGUGAAUGGAGACUUUGUCAUAUGUAAACUUUGCGAUUUUGGCGUUACAUUGCCACUUGACGAAAAUGGUAUUCUAGACAAGGAAAAGGCGGGGAAAUCUGUUUAUUACGGCACAGAAGCAUGGAGUGCCCCUGAGGUGAUUCACGGCGGCACAAUUAGCAGCAAGACAGACAUUUGGCCUCUGGGCUUAGUGUUCUGGGAGAUGAUGGCGUUAAUGCCGCCACACACGCAAAUAGAUGACGACACACUUGAUGAGAGUGUGGAUAGUAUGGAAGAUGAAGAUUCCAUGAUGGAUUAUUUCUCUGCCAGAUAUGGCACAAGGCCAGCGAUCCCGAGCAACAUCUGCCCAGUGAAGUACGAGCAGCCUCUGGCUCUGUUGUGUGCCUGUACACAAACCGAACCGGAGUUACGACCACUUGCUAGCAGCCUGGCCUCAGCAGCUGCUGCAGCCUUAACAUAA